CUUAGCUCUUGUUGCAUCGGCUAGAAAUGGUAAGCAAGGCCAAGAAGUACCUAUUUCUGAACGUGCCCAGCCAUCAAGGUAUGCUAAUUAUGAACCCUCUAAUUACGCUGCAGAACGCAUGGGUGAAGUUAGGUACAGUAGUGGACGCCACGACCAAAAUGUUGAAGGUAAUGGUCAAUAUUAUUACACUACUAAAGGCUCCGACCAAGAUGCUGAUGCCAAUACAGAAAGCAUAGAUGGAAUGUUGGAUCAGCAAGAUGCCCAGUAUGCCCAGUAUGCCCAAGAGGAGCCAGAAAGUGUUGGAAGUCCUCUUGUAGGUGACAGGCUUUUAUGUCCAGAUGAAGGUAAAACCUGUUUCCGGUACAAUCGAGAUUCUGGUCUUAGACCUCAAUGUUGGGCAGGACUUGACAGUUCAAUAAUAGUCGAUGGACCCAUUGACAACCAAUUUCCUUUAAACAGCUGCUGCGACCGAUCUGGAAAUUUCCAGUCACCAAUUAAUGUACAUGGCGCUAAAAGAACAGAGAAAAGGCAAGAUAAACUGACUUAUAACACUGAUGACGUCGAAGGUUACCUUGAAAACACCGGCGUCUAUUACAAGUAUGUUGUGACUGGAGAAAAACCAGUACUCACUGGAGCCCCAUCUCGAGACGGCUUGGGCUAUGUUCUGGACAGUGUACAUUUUCAUAUUGGUAAAAAGGGCGAAAAACGACAAACGGAACAUCUGAUUCAUGGUAAAUCUUUUUCUGCUGAGGCUCAUGUUGUACACCACAGACAAGACUAUGAAGACUUAGAAGAAGCCACUGCUCAUCCAGAUGGCCUUCUGGUUAUCUCCAUCAUGUUUACGCACAAAGGAGAAAAGAGUCGCGCCUUCAACACCAUCUUCAGACACUUUGAUGAGGUUAGACGCUAUACAGCUGCAGAUUUUGAUAAUGUGUGUGCUCUAGAGAACAGGAGAUUAGCUAAUCUGGAGUUGUUGGGAAUAGGGGAUGAAAAGGAAGAGUGUUUAAGAGUAAACAGUAAUCGUCAAAGUGACAAUUGUGCUCUUUUGGAAUCAGGACCCGGAUGUGGGGUACAUGUGACUGGUAUUAAAUUCAACCCACGUUCCUUGUUGCCACUACGUGUACCACGGUAUUAUUACUAUGAAGGGGGUCUGACGUCGCCACCUUGUACCGAAGCUCUUUUGUGGCUAGUUGCAGAAAAACCCAAAAAGAUAACUGAAUCUACUUUAGAUUUACUUUAUAAGAUGGAAACCAGAAUCAGGAAAACAGAACUCGGUGACCAUGGUAACCUCCGCCCUCUACAAAGACGAAGUGGAAGAACUAUCCGACACCUUCAAUACAAAAGAGCCCGUUUAUAA